AUGGAAGCUACUAAGGUUAAUUUAGAAAACCAUUUAAUGUUAGAACAAUCAAUGAUAAGAGUUCCUUAUGAAACAUUAAGAAUGAAUUUUAAGAUGUCUCAAAAAUAUGUUGAAAAACACUCAAGUUUUCUUUUAUCGGAAAUUGAAAAGUUAAAUUUUAGUACAGAAGAUGAAAUACAGACAUCUAUAGAGCAAUUAAAGAAUAUUCUUUAUAAGACUCAAGAGUUAAAGGAGAAACUAUUUAUGUUAAAUCAAAAAGAUAUACAGUGUUUUGAGAAAUUAAAGGCACGAAUAGAUCAUUUAAGAGAGCUACAUAAUAUAGAAAACAUUGAAGAUGAAGACUAUGAAAAUUGGAAUCAAAUUCGGUUAGAUCGUCUUUUAAUAGAUUAUAUGUUACGUAAAGGAAUGAGUGAAACAGCUAAACAGUUGGCAAAAGAAAGAAAUAUUGAAAAUUUGGUGGAUAUUGAUAUAUUUGUUCGGUACAAAAAAAUUGAGGAGGCAUUAAGAAAUAAAGAUACAACAAAAUGUCUUGCAUGGUGUGCAGAAAAUAAAGCUUUUUUAAGGAAAAAUAAAGUUAACUUGGAAUUUGAAUUAAAAUUACAGGAAUAUAUUGAACUUAUUAGAAAAGGCGAGAGACUUCAAGCUAUUGUAUAUUCACGAAAAUAUUUAACACAAUUUUCAGAAGAACAUAUUGAAGAAUUUAAACGUUCUACAGCACUUUUAAUAUUUCCACCAGAUACGGAAUGUGAACCUUAUAAAAAACUUUAUUCUCUUGAUCGUUGGGAAUUAUUGGCAGAUUUAUUUGUAUUAACUCAUCAUAACUUAUAUAACCUUUCAAUUCCUCCUUUAUUAUAUAUUACGCUUUCAGCAGGCCUCUCUUCUUUAAAAACACCAUCAUGUUAUUCUUCCGAAUCUAAAAAAGCAAAUACAACUCUUUUUCAUUCUACACUUUGUCCUAUUUGUUCAUCAGAAUUGAAUUCUAUUGCAUCGCUAGUACCAUAUGCUCAUGCUGCUAGAUCAAGUCUUAUAGAUUCAUUAACAGGAGAGAAAAUUAAAAGUGAUAAUGAACUAAUAGCACUCCCUAAUGGUCGGGUAUAUAAUCAAAGAAGUUUAUUUGAAAAGAACGAAAAAUUUGGAAUUCCAAAAGAUGUUAUUUGGGAUCCUGCUACAACCGAAAAAUUUCCAAGAGAUAAGAUUAGAAAGGUUUUUAUUAUGUAA